CGCAAACUUAACUCCCACUGAUUUAGUCAGUAGCUGCCAGUUGUUCUGCGUCAAUUUUACUUCUUUGUUUUGUGUUUCGUUUUUGAGCUUUGCACCCAUUAACACGGGUAGUCGUUUACGUUUUUUUGUUUGUUGGGCGAUCAACUGAAUUUAAGUGUUGUUGUUGUGGAUCGCUCAUUUUUUAUUGUUUAAUUUAUUUGGCAAAGUGUGUAUACCAUUCAUUUAUAUACGAGUACAUAUAAGUACAUAUAGCAUUAUAGCAUAGGCAUUUUCGAAAAAGGCACUCGCUUUGCAUUUACGUGAGUUUGCCAUAGCUAAAUAUUAUUACACAAGAACGAAGCGUGAUUUUGAUCUUUGUAGCUGUUUACUUUUCCAAUCAGUUGCGGAUUGUUAAGUAAUCACAAAAGACGAUACAAAAUGGUAUUGCUGGGGAAAUUGGCCAUUGUCACAGGCGCUGGCUCUGGCAUUGGGCGCGCCACCUGCCGGAUACUCGCACGCGACGGUGCUAAAGUGAUCGCAGCUGAUCGCAACUUGCGGGCAGCUGAACAAACAGUCAAAGACAUCGGAAAUGAUCGUGCUUUUGCAUUGGAGUUGGAUGUGUCUUCGCUGGAGAGCGUCAGCAAAGGUGUCACUUCCUCCAUUGAGCAUUUCAAGCAACCACCUUCAAUUGUCGUCAAUGCGGCGGGCAUCACACGCGACGGUUACUUACUCAAAUUGACAGAAAAAGACUACGAUGAUGUGUACAAGGUGAAUUUAAAAGGCACCUUCUUGAUGACGCAGCAAUUUGCGCGUGCCAUGGUCGAACACCAUGUGCGCAAUGGCAGCAUUAUAAACAUAUCGAGCAUUGUGGCACGCAUUAGUAAUCCGGGACAGGCUAAUUAUGCUGCCACCAAAGCGGGUGUGAUCUCAUUGACUGAAAUUGCGGCAAAGGAAUUCGGCAAGUUUGGCAUACGUGUAAAUUCCAUAUUGCCGGGUUUCAUCGACACGCCGAUGGUUGAUGUAAUACCGGAGCAGAUUAAGCAAGAAAUUUUUCAAAGGUGUCCCAUGGGCCGUUUAGGUCGUCCAGAGGAAGUUGCUGAUGUGAUUGCAUUUCUUGCUUGCGAAAAGUCAUCUUAUGUAAACGGUGCAGCGAUUGAAGUGACUGGUGGACUGAAGUAGACAGAAUAGUCGUGAAAGGCCGAGGAGAUGUACAGAUCUGUGGGAAUUAUCAAUCCUUAUGCUUUUACUACUCAGUAGAUGUUUUAUAAUAAACCAAACAUAAUUUGCAUUUAAUACUUGUAGACUAGAAUACUUGGACCAGCAUUGCUGUGUCGUUAAUCAACUGUUAUACAAAAUUUAGUGAAAUUAUUUUAAUAAAUGUACACAGAUUUUUGA